AUGCGUCCAACACGGCUCUCGCCAUGCAUGUUCUAUCGCCGGAUAGUCUGCCAGAGCCCGCGCUCACGCUCGCAGCGAGCAAUAUCUUCCCUGUCGCACUUUGCCGAGGUAGCUAAUCGCAGCUCGUCCAAACACCAGAUUUACCGCUCGCUGUCACAAGAUCCGUUCGUGAACCUCUCAAUCGAGCAAUACCUCCUUCAGAAGACACCCGAGGACUCAAAUGUGCUUUUUCUAUAUGUCAAUCGACCUUGCGUGGUAAUUGGCAGAAACCAAAACCCCUGGCUCGAGACGAAUCUUGGGUCGCUGGCCAAACACGGCUCGCCGGAACAGGCCACCACUUCUUCUACAACCCCAAUUGACAAUGUACUAUACGUUCGACGGCAUUCUGGCGGUGGAGCGGUGUUUCACGAUGGCGGCAAUCUGAAUUACAGCGUCAUUUGUCCCCGGGAUGUUUUCACGCGAGACCGACAUGCAGAAAUGGUUGCGCGCGCGUUGCAGCGCAUUGGCGCCGUCAACGCCAAAGUCAACGAAAGACACGACAUUGUCUUGACCCAACAACCAAAAGAAAAAGCUGCGCGACAAACAGCCACCGCAGGAAGCCAGGACCCGCCGCCAGAUGAGGCUGUGAUUCCGCAAGCACUGAAAAUAUCCGGCUCGGCGUUCAAACUCACGCGCAGUCGGGCAUUGCACCAUGGAACCUGUCUGCUGGACUCGCCCAAUGUCCACAAUCUAGGCGCCUUUCUCAGGUCUCCUGCUCGACCGUACAUCCUCGCAAAGGGUGUUGGCAGCGUCCGGUCCCCCGUUGGAAACGUGUCGUCGGCGCUCAGCGGCCCCUUUUCUAUCGAAGCAGUGAUAUCCAGCAUAAUAGACGAAUUUUCUCGCCUGUACCAAACGGGAGACAAAGUACUCGCGCAGACUAAGGAUUCUCCGCAGCAGGACGAGCAGCUGCGUGUGGGCGAUGACUGGGUUGCGGGCACUGUGGGAGAAGCACUCGUCCGAGAGAUACCGGAUAUCCAAACAAUCACUUCAAUGUUGCAGUCCCUCGAUUUUAAAUUCCUGCAAACACCGGAAUUCACAUUCUCGACCUUUCCCACCGAAGCUGACCCCCGCGAUCGACCUCCCUUGCCAUCAUCUCUUCCUCACUCGACAAAAAUAUCCAUCCGAGCCAAAAAAGGCUCCAUCGUCGAAACCUCGAUAUCCACAUCUUCUGAUGCGGAAAUCGCCAAACAGCAAGAGAGCCAGAGUCAGCAAUUGCUCAACGGAAAAAACUUGCAUGAGAUGGACAGACAGGCCUGGAAUGACGUUCUUCAGACUGUCGUGUCUAUUGAUGAUGGACUGCUUGAACCGACAGAGCAGGUUGUCGAGCUUGUUACUGAUUUUGUGUGUCAUAAAUUUGGGGUUUCUGUGUGA